AGUGGCUUUCACUCAAAGGUACGAAAAGAAACAAAGCGCAUGAAAGGAAGGAAGCGCUGUCAGCGCUCAGCAGCCGGGAGACCGCUGGGGACAGGGACCUGCCGCUUCCGCGAUGCUGCGCAGGAGACCAAACGGGGUUCAGCCCUGUCCCUGAUAUUUUGGGACCCUCCACUGACAUGGCAGCCCUUUGCAAGUUGAUCCUUGGAUAAGAUCCUGGUUAUCAGCAUGAAGGGAAGCGCUGCCUGCGGUGCGGCCGAGGCGCAGCGGCCGCGUCCGUGUGACCGAUACAAGCACGCCUGUGCUGUCUGCAGAGGCUGCGUCUAUCUCCACGGAGGGCACGGCAGCACCACGCUGGGGGACUUCUGGAGAUACCACACAGUGAAAAAUGAAUGGGAAAUGUUGGAAUGCUCAAGAGAUGGUCCAGAAGAACUGGAAGAACAUUCAAUGGUGGCUUAUAAGGGCAGCCUGUAUAUUUUUGGUGGGAUGGUGGAUUCUGCUUUCACACAAGCAAAAACUCCUCUCUGGAUAUAUGACAUUGAUUCCGCAAGAUGGACAGAGAGCUGCAACGAACCAGCAGAGACGGAGAGCUCUGCACCAGCUAACAGAAAAGGUCACAGUGCAGUUGUGUACCAUUCCAGCAUGUACAUCUAUGGGGGAUACUUUGGCAUCAAAGGCAUUUCUCAGGAGUUUUGGGAAUUCCAUUUUGAUACAAGGAAGUGGUUGUGUGUCUCCAGCCCCUGUCACAGCAGUGGCCCCGGAGCGCGGCACGGCCACUCGGCAGUGGUUUAUCACACAGCCAUGUACCUCUUUGGGGGGCUGGUGGGGCUCACUGAACAGAGGGACUUGUGGAGGUGGGACUUUGGAAGCAGCAGCUGGUCCAGCAUCAGAACAAGCCAAGGACCUCCUCCGGUGGUAGGUCACGCUUCAAUAGUCUGCAAAGACUCUAUGCUGAUUUUUGGUGGAGGGAUUUCAAAUUCCAGCCCUAAUGAUGACCUCUGGAGGUAUCAUUUCCUUACGCAGACAUGGAAGAAGCUUAGUAGUACUACAAAGGGAAACUUUUCUCCUAAAAUGUAUCACUGCAUCUUAGGAAUUGGUGCGGAUUUUCAAACUACCUCAGAUUUCACUGAUACAUGCCCCAGCCACCGCAAGAGUGAGCAGGACCAUCCCCAGCUGGUGCCCGUGCUGAGGCACUCUGGCUUUUGCAGCUUCUUCCGCCCACAGCCCACGGAGCGCAGCAACGCCAUCGAAAUGAAAACCUUCAGCCUGCCCCUGGAACCAGCAGAAUUCCCUGCCUUCCAGACCACUUCAGAGGCAGGACUAGGCCCAAACAGAGACAGGAGCUGUUUGUCCAAGGACAAGUCUCUCCAUCUGUUGGCCUGUUCGGGAGAGGCUUUUGCUGCUGCUCAGGCUGUGGGUGAAGAGAGACCUGACUGUGGGUGUGUGGCCACAGAGGGUGGGAUCAGCAGGACCAACACACUGCUGCUCAUUGGGGGCAAACCUUUGUCCAGCUUCUCUGAGAUCUCCUUCAAGCAAAUGGAGUUUGAUUGCUUGUGAUUGCUUUGCUUGCAAAGUGAAGGAAUAAAUUUCCACCACCGUGGCAGUAGGUGGAAAACCAACUGCUUGCAACUGUCUUCAGCUUCCUAUCAGCACGCUGGGGAAAAAAAUAAUUAAACCUUCUCAUACUUGCUGCGAACAGAUUUUUUACAAUGUUAACAAAACCCGACAUAUAUUUAAGUCACAACUUGCAUGUAAGUUGUGAUUUCUGAGAGGAGCUUGUUGGAAUGCUGCUCUUUUUGUUACUUUUCUCCUGGUCACUUCAUACCCUUUCAAAUUGCAAUGGCCAAUGCUGCCUUGAAAAUCAGAACUGCACUAACCCAUACUGGCUCCACCAGAUGCCUUUUCAGGGGCAAAGCUUGCUUGUUUUGCACUGGCCUAAGAGGAAUACAGUCACAUUUGAGGGAUUCGAUUAGUCUUAACAGGAAUGUUCUCUAAGAUUUUAAAUUCUUGAGUCUUCUUUGCACAAUAUAUUUGCAAUGUGAGAUGGCCUACGACAAAGGAACCCAACAGACAAAUCAGCAACUGAAUUCUAGAAGAUAUUCAAGCAUUGUAUAUAACCUUGAGGAAGUGAGACAAUGAGUGUCCCCUGGAAAUCAUGAGCAAGGACCAGAGGAAGGGCAUUAUACCUGUGAGAACAAAGGAUAUGCCAAAUGAGUGUUGGCUUUAAUGACUGAACACAGAAACAAAAGGGUUUGAUUUCCCACAGCAGGGUGGGGAGGGAACAGAAAGAGGAGGGCUUGACAGAAUGUCACAAAACAUGGGCUGUUUUGACUGGCAACUCAUGUUUUAGCCCUAAAGAGUUUUCUGCUUUUCCAACCCUGUCUCUCUUUUAUCACCCUAUGUAGUACUUGUUACGCAUCUCCCCUCUGUAGUAGUAAGUUCUGAGUUCAUAUAUGGUUUUUCUUUGCUGAAAAGAAAAAGUUCUUGUUUUGCAAGGUAAUGUUGUCCAAGUGUUCAAAGCAUUUAUUUCCAUAUAUUUCCAUAGAAGUUACUAAAUACCGGCCUUCUGACAGAACAGCAGCUGUCUGUAAGAGCUGCUGGUAUCUGAAAUUACCUGGAACUGUAAGUUAAUACUACCAAAUAUUUGAAAAGUUCACUUUUGAAAAAUUUCAUAGGAAUAAUGACUUACAAGUAAUUUACAGGUUUCAAGAAUAUUUAGAGAUACUUUCAUCAUUUCUUCACAAGUAACUGUCACAUGAAUUCAAUAAGAAAAUUAUGGAUGGAUUUGCAAAAGCUACCUAAGUUAUUUGGACCAUCCAUGACCCUUACCUGGAAACAGAGAGGAUUGUACACAGCUAUGUGAAUAAAGCCUGCUCCGUUUCCUAUCACUGUGUGCUCAUAUUCACCUUUAUGAGUCUAAAGUAUGUGUUUGUAUUUUCUAACUGAACAAAGAACUUACCUCUCUGACCAAGGAACGUGAUUCUGCAAGCCCCAGUCACUUCCCUGCACUUCAGCCGGCUUCGAGGGCUGCCCAGGCUUUGAAUUUCUCCUCCAAGAACAAGAAUUUCCCAGUUUGAGGAGGUUUGUUUGGAAGGGACAUGAAUACAGUGACUGAGCUGAGCAUGUACUCAGCACUGCAGUCUUAAAUCAGCAGCUUGUUUUCCUCAUGCUGACUGACAUGCCUGUUUUGGCUUUAUCCUGAGAGCUGCCAUAACAUACAGCCUUUUAUCUAGGAUUGACGAGGGAAGGAAAUUUAACUGGAAAGGGCAACAAUAAACCAGUGAUUUUUCCAAGUCACGCGGAGGCCUCCUGGCAGGUAGUGGUAUCCUGGGGAUGUGCAAGAGCCCCAGGAAAAUGCCAUCCAGCCUCUGCCAUU